CUUCCCCUUCUUGCAGGAGCAACACAACGUCAGAGAAACCAAGCGAGCAGCUGCCCUGACCAACCAAGUAGCUCAAAGAUGGAUCCGCUGGGCAACAUCCUGGGCGCGAUGUGGAAGGUGGUUUCAGCGAUCGUCAAGGCGCCGAGGACGGCUCGCCGGAACAAGGCCAGGCGCCGAGAGCUCGCCCUGCGAGCGAAGGGAGUCAACGACGUCCUGAGGCGGUACAGGAAGGCGGCCAGGGGCGACGCGGCGUCGGCGACGACGCGGAGGAUUCUGGGCAGGCUCAAGGACGCCGUCGACGACGCGUUCAAGCUCGCCGAGUGCUGUGGCGCCCGCCGGAGCAGCGACGGUCUUCUCUCCAGGCUCCAGCUCCACAGGCUCGUGGCCGGUGACGGGCUCGACGCGAAGCUCAGCGAUGUCAACAGCCGGAUCACCGACUGCCUCGUCGACCUCCAAGCCGCCAGUGCCGUCCGCAUGAUGGACCUCCAUGCCGCGAACAGCGCCGGUAUGGAGAAGAAGAUGGACGAGCUCGCCGCUGGUGCUCGCGAUCCCCGCCGCACAAACAACGCAGUAAGAUACAUGGAUCAUCAAAUUAUCGAUUUUUUGUUUUCCUCUUUAGCCGAUUGCAUGCGCAGACCAAUCUUCUUCUCCAGUGUUCCUGAAAGUGUGUGAAUGAUUGAUCGUAUUCCAAGUGUGGGUACAGGAGUACAUAUAUACGCGCAUGGGUGGCAUGCAAGCCUACCGCAAAUAGCGCAAUCACAUCCACAGAUCAAGGCCUAAUUACAUCAUGCUAACAGUUCCAAGCAGAGGGAGAUCAACAGUGGCAAGAAUUGCAACAGAG